AUGAUUUUGCAUUUCCGGGAGAGGUCUGUAUGUAAAUAGUACAGAUCUUUCCCCUGUCAGCUCUAGCACAUUGCUUUUAUUUUGAUCUGCAUGGCAGAGCAAUACAAAGCAAUGUGCUUACAUAGUAAAACACACACACAACAAAUAGUAAAACAGCACACAGUUAACCCUUUGAUCGCCCCAGAUGUUAAUCCCUUCCUGCCCAGUGUCAUUAGUACAAUGUCAGUGCUUUUUAUUAGCACUGAUCACUGUAUUAGUGUCACUGGGGAUGUCAGUGACAGUCAGUUCCCCCCAGUGUCAGAAUGCCUGCUGCAGUCCUGCUAU